AUGACUGCCCCACUCGCCACAAGCGCUGCGGACAUCCCAACGGCAAGUCUCGCAUGCAGUGUACCGCCGGGUGCAACGAGGGCCGACAGCCGUAAGCGCUUCCCCGAGGCACUGGCCGAAUCUCCACAGGGACCGGUACCUCGCGUUGAGGCGGUCGAUGAGCGCAAGCAGCUGAUCCGCACGCGGCUGUACCCAACUCCGCUGCGAGUUCCGGCUAGCGAAAGUGCGGAAUGGCGCUGCGAGGCUCUUGGCGCAAGCCUCACAGCUCCUGGUGUCGCGUUCACCGACUCGGUUCUCGGCGAAACCUUUCUUAACUCACUGCCUUCUCCAUGUCCCUUGCCGCGCCCCCCGACGCCUGCUUUCCUACCUGUCGCUGGCGCGCUGCCCCCGCCAUCUCUCAGCAUUGCCAAAACGGUACCGUUCUCUCUGGAGGAGCACCUUACGUGGCUCUACGCACCAGCAUCACCGACAGAGAGCCGCUCAAGCGCGACGGUACCUCCCGGCAUGGUCGCGGCAUCGUGUGGCCUUGCCCGUGCCGAGCGAGUGCGUGCCUCACGCAGUGAGAGAGAGCGCAAGCACGAAUCCAGUCGUAGUACCGUUAGUGCGACGGUAACUCAGCAUUCCGACCUUCCCAUUGCACCCGCUGACGUGCAAGAGAAGGCUGCACCCGCUCUUAUGCAGGACCAGGGGGCAGCAUCAACGGCAACCACGCUUAUCCCACCCAAUCCAUUGGCGCCGCAACACGGGGAAAUCAGCUACGAGAGCAGCUUCUCUGUUGUCACGUCGUGGGAUGCAUUGAUGGUGGCGCCACCACUACUGCGCACCACGCCCCGCAUGCCGAGUCUCUUGGCCCACGAUGUCGCCGGCGUUGGCACUACUGCUGCGCGUUUCGGUAGGUUGGCCACGCCAGUCCACGUGUGCAUGAGCGACGAUGCUACGCGUAUACCGUUCAAUGGUUCACAGGGCGAGUCGCUAAUCGGCACCUCUCCUGCAAUGGAAACAAACGAGGCGAGUCAAGGCGGGGAGGCGCGCGCUGGCGCGGAGCAGCAGAAGCCUGUCUUCCCAUCUUCGCACUGCGCCCCUUCUCCUGCUGCAGUUCCACCGAGAGUGAACUGCGAUGGACACGAGUGGUCUCGCGAAGACCUGUUGCGCCAGGUCGAGGAGGAUGGCGUGCGCACAUUUGUGAAGCACUUUACGAACGGUCUUGUGUUCGUCGACCCUCCGUGGUUCAUUUGCCCAGUGCUGCUGGACAACUGCGAGCAUCCAUACUACAUGACCUGGUUGGAUGAGCUUGAAGUUGGCUCCGUGGAAGAGGCGGUCGCAGAGGCUAAGGCAAAGCUGCUGACAGAUGCGUAA